AUGGCGCUUCUUGUAUCUAGCCUUUCGCCUGAUACUGUCUGGCCUCCUGCACAACAGCUUCAUACAUGGGGCGCUAUCACAGUUUGUUUCCGAAUAAUCGCCCGAAACGUAUACGCCUUCGCCAAUUGGCCUUGGCGCAGCGAUUGCACACGAUUGGCUGUUGAUAUUCUCAAUCUGCUUGCGCUUACAUAUCCUUUGGCUGAGAAUAUCGCUGCUACUGACGUCUAUUCUUUCCCUGAAUGGAGCGGCGAUCCAAGUAACUCGGUCGUAACUUUGGCGACUAGCUCAGGAACAAGUGGAGUAGAUGGGGGCGAAGAAGUUAUUGUGACUGGUGCUGGUGUGAGCAACGGAGAAAGUGGUAAUGCAGCAGCUGUAUUCCGAGCUGCAGACUUCCUACUACGCGCGUUUCAUGCAGGUACAGCAUCUGACGACGACCUCACAAGCGCACAGAGGGAUCCUGAUAGAAUAGGAGAGGAGGAAGAAUAUGACGAUGAGGUUGGAAGAGAGAUUACUGCAUCUCGGAGUGAAAGUUCUGUGGCAACGGUGUCUGCUUCAAAUGGUUCAGAAGAUAAUACACCGAGACCGGUGGGCACAGUAGCUUCCGUUUCUGCUGGUCAAACGGCUCGUAGACCUCGACAGCAUACACGUGGAGUUGAACUAGCAGUUCAUCGGUUCCGACCGUCAACUGGACUCCGAGCUCUUGCCGGGCUUACGGCACCCACGCUCGAGAUCGUUGAGGCGACACGAUCUAAUCGAAACGUUAUAGGAGCACGCCGACUAGCUGAAUUGCCAGGACAGUCCGUUCCAGGAGGCGAAGACACUGUUGGAACGAGUAGCCUGGGUUCUACGUUGUCAGCCUUGAAUCCAAAUGCCAGUACGAACUCUGAUGCUCGCGUUAACGGACUUCAGUGA